AUUAGUAGAAGGAGGAGUUUUUCGAGUAGAAGGAGGACAGACCUCGAGUUCCUCUGUCACAGAUGUUAAGUUGCUAUAAAGGAGGAGAAUCUCUUAACGGUCCUUCUUCUUAGAAUCUUGGACAUAAUCUUGGUAUCACGCGUGCACCUUAAUAAUUAAUUUAUCUUUUUAAGAACGGACCUGAACACUCGAGCAUCAUGCCAGUAGUGGGCUGCACAUUGUGCAUUAAAUUCAUGCUAUUUUUCUUUAAUUUUGUUUUCUGGUUGGCUGGAGGUGUGAUAUUGGGAGUGGCUCUAUGGCUUCGUCAUGACAACCAGACCAGCAGUCUUCUCAUGCAGCAGUUUGAAGAUCAGCAGGCUCCCAGCACCUUCUAUAUCAGUGUGUACAUCCUGAUAGCUGUGGGAGCUGUGAUGAUGUUUGUAGGGUUUCUCGGUUGCUACGGUGCCAUCCAGGAAUCUCAGUGUCUUCUUGGAACGUUCUUUUUCAUGUUGGUGUGCCUGUUCGUCUGUGAGGUGGCUGCUGGGAUCUGGGGAUUCAGUAACCGAGACACAAUCUCCAAGGAGAUGAUAACCUUCUAUGACGAGGCGUACAUCAAGUCCGUGGAAGUCGUAGACUCUCCCAGCAAAACAGCUGCUAUCAAAGUCCUGGAGGUGUUCCACGAGACCCUGGACUGCUGUGGUAAAGGAGACGACUCCCCCUUAUUCGCACAAGUAACCGGAGCCCUGUGUCCCAAGAAGAGCCUGGAAGAUGCCCUGCUGAAACCUUCGAGCUGUCAUCUGAAACUGAAGGAUCUGUUCUCUGAGAAGCUCUACCUGAUUGGUCUAGUUGCCCUGGCGGUCGCUGUCAUCAUGAUCUUUGAGAUGAUCUUCACCAUGGUUCUCUGCUGUGGGAUUCGCAACGCCGCCCCAGUGUACUAGAACCUCGGAACCCUACUAGAACCACGGAACCCUACUAGAACCAAGGAACCAUAGAACCGGAGAACCACGGUGGAGGGGCUCAAAUGUACACAAAUCCUCUACAGAUCGAAGUCAUCGAAGGGGAUUGAAAAUGUUACGUGUUGUAGUUCCUGGUUACUUCUUUUUAUAUUGCAGAAGUAUGUACAUUUCUAUCAGUAUUAUAAAUAGAGACUAGAUUUUAUUACAGUAUUUUCUAUGUUUUAACAAUACUCCUAAUAAGCAUUUCACUACACCCGUAAUAACAUCUGCUAAAUAUGGGUAUGCGACCAAUAAAAAUUGAUUUGACUGUUUGAGUCUGUCGAUGACCAACAGACAUUCAGCAUCUCUCUAAUGCUAAACUUUUGACUAUUUUCUUGUUAUCUUUGAGCUUUUUGUAUGUUUUCCGUGAAGUGCUUUUCCAAGGUUUUGUAUGUUUUCCAGAAGUGCUUCUCCAAGGUUGUAUGGUGUAUAAACUGUACACAAUCAUUGUGUGAGUCCAAAAUGACACCCUGUUCCCUUAUGGUGCACUACUUUUCACCUCAAGGUCCAUGGGGCGUCAGUAAACCAUUGUGCACUACAUUGGGAAUUGCCAUUUGGGAGUAACUCACAGAUAGCUUGACAAACAGGGCUUUAGUUAGAACAGUGCUCACUGGUACAGAGUACCAACAUCUCACAUUUCCUACAGCUUGAGUACAGUACUGGCAACGUCUUAUAGAAUAUUAACUCUAAUAUACAGAACACACCUACUCAUUCAAGGGUUUUUCUUUAUUUUACUAUUUUCUACAUUCAAAUCCCCGAGCUGACGAGGUAAAAAUAUGUCGUUCUGCCCCUGAAUAAGGCAGUUUAACCCACUGUUCCCCGGUAGGCCGUAAUUGAAAAUAAGAAUUUGUUCUUAACUGACUUGCCUAGUUAAAUAAAGGUUAAAAUAAAUUUAAAAAAUACAAGUGAAGACAUAAAAACUAUGAAAUAACACAUAAUAACACAGCUGGUUGAGAGAAUGCCAAGAGUGUGUAAAGCUGUCAUCAAGGCAUUUGGUGGCUACUUUGAAGAAUCUCAAAUAUAAAAUAUGUUUCGAUUUGUUUAACACUUUUUUUGGUUACUUCAUGAUUCCAUAUCUGUUAUUUCAUAGUUGUGAUGUCUUCAUUAUUAUUCUACAAUGUAGAAAAAUAGUUACAGUGAAGAAAAACCUUGGAAUAAGUUGGUGUUUCCAAACUUUUGACGGGUACAGUAUAUAUAUAUAUAUAUACACCGGACAGAACCUUUGCUUAUUCAACUUCAAGCACUGCCUGCCUACCAACCACUAAUAAAAUAGCACCCUAUUCCCUAUAUAGUGCACUACUUUAGACCAAAGCUCGCACCCUAUUCCCUAUAUAGUGCACUACUUUAGACCAGAGCUCGCACCCUAUUCCCUAUAUAGUGCACUACUUUAGACCAGAGCUCGCACCCUAUUCCCUAUAUAGUGCACUACUUUAGACCAGAGCUCGCACCCUAUUCCCUAUAUAGUGCACUACUUUAGACCAGGGCUCGCACCCUAUUCCCUAUAUAGUGCACUACUUUAGACCAGGGCUCGCACCCUAUUCCCUAUAUAGUGCACUUCUUUUGACCAUAGUUAUAUGGGGCCCUGGUCUAAAGUAGUGCACUAUAUAGGGAAUAGGGUGCCAGGCCGUCCUUCCCUCCUCCAAGAUAAUGGCGCUAACAGGAAUGGCCAUGCAUAGUAAAGCUAUAAGGAUCUAAUUCAUAAUGAACCACAACUAAAUUAUGCAAAUUUAUACUUCUAUUAAAAACCUUUUUGUCUGUUUCUCUA